UCGCUUUUCCUUCUACUCUGUGACAGAGCGCUGCGUGCGUAGUGCAGGCAAGAACCCGGACCAGGCGCAGCUGACGCUUCAGUUCUUCACAUAGCUCGCGCUUCUUUUUCUUUUAGUUACGAAGAGGGCGCGUGACUAACGAGUUUUCCCUUUUUCCUUUCUUUCUUUCUUCCGUGCAUUUCUCUGCGUCGUGAUCAUUUUGGAAUGAACCGCUUUCUGACCGCCGUUGUUUCCAUGCCAGCAUGGGAACUGCCGUGUCCAAGAGGAGGAAUCUGAGGAAUGAUGCUAUUUCAUCGGUGGCAGCAAAAGUUAGAGCAGCCCGAGCAUUUGGAGAGUACCUUCACGCUCACCCUGAGAGCCGAAACGGAUCAGAUCACUUAUUGUCCGACACCCUCAUUGGCCACGACUCGGACUCGCCGGAUAGUGUCCAGAACAACAACCACCAGCACAGCUUCUCUCUUCAGGACUCAAACAGCAGCACCGAACCCAAUCUGAUCGACCCUACGUUGCGCCUGCUGCAGCCUUCAGCCGUCCCGUCUACCUGCUCUGAGAGCCGUCUGUCUCUAGAGCGCAGCUUCUCAGUCGAGGAGGAGCAGCAGAAGUGCGUGGAGUGCUCGCUGCAGCCAUCACGCGUCUACACCAUCAGCGGCGAGAACGCCAUGCUGGCCGGCAGCCGUACCAGCAAGGAGAGCUUGGAGCUGGAUGUGCUGAGGGAGGCACGGGACGCCCCGUCUGCCUCCCAGACCCUCGCCCAGGCCUCCACCUCUUCCUCACCCAUCCAGCAUCACCACCACCAUCACCAUAGCACCACAGGGCCGAAUUUACAGCAACCUGCAGGCGGAGCGAUGGGAAAUGCAGGAGCGGGUCCAUCGCAGCACCAACACCACCACCACCACCAUCACCAUCACCACCUCUCUCAGCCCCUGCAGAGUUCUGUCAGCGCCCAUAACAUCCGCGGCUGGGGCGAGGGCAAAGAGUGUGGCCUGGCGUGCGACUUGUGUGCCGGAGCACCGUCGCGCAGUCACGGCUCGCUAGAACUGGAGAGCAGCGUGCGAGAGCCAGGCAAGCAGCGCCACCCACUAGAGCGCAUGAGCAGUGUGGACCGCGUGACUUUUAUAGACAGAGAAGACAACCAGUGGUACCCCAAAGAGAACAUGUUCAGCUUCCAGACUGCUACCACCACCAUGCAGGCGAUAUCAAAUUUCCGGAAGCACCUUCGAAUGGUGGGCAGCAGAAGAAUGAAAGCACAGACCUUUGCAGAGCGCAGGGCGAAGAGCUUCAACCGCUCCUGGAGCGACCCGACCCCGGUCAAGCAAGACUCGCUACCCGACUCAAAAGACUGUGGAGAUCUGCAGGUGCCGUCUGCCGCACCAGAUGAAGGAGGCUGUAAUGACACGGGCUGGGAAGAGGAGAAAGAAAUGGAAAGACUAGCUUGUGAAAGCGAUGACUUCAUCCCUCCUAAAGUCAUGUUGAUAUCAUCGAAAGUUCCCAAGGCGGAGUAUGUCCCCAACAUUAUUCGCAGAGAUGACCCUUCCAUUAUCCCCAUACUUUAUGAUCAUGAGCAUGCUACAUUCGAUGAUAUUUUGGAGGAGAUUGAGAAAAGACUGACUUCCUAUAGGAGAGGAUGCAAGAUCUGGCGGAUGCUCAUCUUCUGUCAGGGUGGACCAGGGCAUCUGUAUCUACUGAAGAAUAAAGUGGCCACGUUUGCCAAGGUGGAGAAAGAGGAGGACAUGAGCCAGUUUUGGAAAAGGCUAAGCAGAUUUAUGAGUAAAGUAAACCCAGAGCCUAACCUGAUCCAUGUCAUGGGCUGCUAUGUGCUGGGGAAUCCAAAUGGAGAAAAGCUGUUCCAGAAGCUGAAGAACCUGAUGAGGCCUUAUUCAGUCACCUUUGAGUCACCGCUGGAGCUAUCUGCACAGGGAAAGGAAAUGAUCGAAAUGUAUUUUGACUUCCGCCUCUACCGAUUAUGGAAGACGCGACAGCACUCAAAGCUCUUGGACUAUGAGGAUCUGUGACCCAGAGAUCCUGAGAGCGUGGGUCCUAGCAGACAGAACUCUCCCUCGCCCCCUUCCUGUGAAACACCACAUCCCACUAGCUCUCAUUUAACAGGAACAGGACAUCGUGCCACUGGUAUCUGAGAGUUAUUAUGUAUUCCGACUCCUCACUCGAGACCAUGAGACACGAGUGUGGCAGAUGGGUUCAGGGCUGAAGACCGAGACGAGAGGGGACGUGUGCCAAGGACAGCAUUUCAUGUCAGAGUAAAGAAAGUGAAAUCUCUCCUUGGUGGCAGUGUAGAAGAAUGGAGGCUGACUGUUCAGUGUUUUCUGUCACAUAUCUAUUUCACCAAGGCUCUCUCCGUUGAAGAGUAUCGUGCUUAUUUAAAAAAAGAAGAAGAAAAAGAAGUCUUAUGUCUAACGUCAGGCUGUUUUUCGAACUUUUUGUUUUUCGAAAAUACAAUUGAGACAUGAGAAGAAAUCAUACUGGUAAUAUAUGGAUAUGCAUAUACAUCUUGUUAAUAUAUUAUGUAGCCAUAGUCAUGCCAAUAACCCAAAUGUCAGUGCUCCAUAAUUUAUAUAAUGUUGUUUAUUGUCGUGGUCUUUUUAAUGACGUCCUUUGAAUAACUCAGGUUUUAGCCACUAAUGAAUAUGUCCAUUAAACCUCUGUCCAGAUGUGA